UCCAAAAACAAAUAUUUUUUUAACAUAUAACCAAAUAUAAAAGUUGGUUUAUAUAUGAUAUAAGCUCUCAGUCACACCCUUCAUCUCUCUCCAGAGCUAUCUCAUCAAGACCAACACCGAAAGAUGGAGAUCACAAACGUUACCGAGUAUGACGCAAUCGCAAAGCAGAAGUUGCCUAAGAUGGUAUACGACUACUAUGCGUCUGGUGCAGAAGACCAAUGGACUCUUCAAGAAAACAGAAACGCUUUUUCAAGGAUCCUCUUCCGGCCUCGGAUUUUGAUUGAUGUGAACAAGAUUGAUAUGGCAACAACCGUCUUGGGGUUCAAAAUCUCGAUGCCGAUCAUGGUUGCUCCUACUGCCAUGCAAAAGAUGGCUCACCCUGAUGGGGAAUAUGCUACGGCUAGAGCUGCCUCUGCUGCUGGAACCAUCAUGACACUAUCUUCAUGGGCUACUUCGAGUGUUGAAGAAGUUGCUUCUACAGGGCCAGGGAUCCGAUUCUUCCAGCUCUAUGUAUACAAGAACAGGAAGGUGGUUGAGCAGCUCGUGAGAAGAGCUGAGAAAGCUGGUUUCAAAGCCAUUGCUCUCACUGUAGACACCCCAAGGCUAGGUCGCAGAGAGUCAGAUAUCAAGAACAGAUUCACUUUGCCUUCAAACCUGACAUUGAAGAACUUUGAAGGUCUGGACCUUGGAAAGAUGGACGAGGCCAAUGACUCUGGCUUGGCUUCAUAUGUUGCUGGUCAAAUUGACCGUACCUUGAGCUGGAAGGAUGUCCAAUGGCUCCAAACAAUCACCAACUUGCCAAUUCUUGUCAAGGGUGUUCUUACAGGAGAAGAUGCAAGGAUAGCGAUUCAAGCUGGAGCCGCAGGGAUCAUUGUGUCAAACCAUGGAGCUCGCCAGCUUGACUAUGUCCCAGCCACAAUCUCAGCCCUUGAAGAGGUUGUCAAAGCGACGCAAGGACGAGUCCCUGUCUUCUUGGAUGGUGGUGUUCGACGUGGCACAGAUGUCUUCAAGGCACUUGCACUUGGAGCCUCAGGGAUAUUUAUUGGAAGACCAGUGGUAUUCGCACUAGCUGCUGAAGGAGAAGCUGGAGUCAGAAAGGUGCUUCAAAUGUUACGUGAUGAGUUCGAGCUAACCAUGGCACUAAGUGGGUGCCGGUCACUGAGUGAAAUCACCCGCAACCACAUUGUCACUGAAUGGGAUACUCCACGGCAUUUGCCAAAGUUAUAGAGAAAAAAAAAAAACAAAAAAAAAACAACAACAACACAGAGCAUGUAAUGCCUAAACCUAUUCAUAUUUUGAUUGAUCGAUCACAUGGCUUUUACUCUGUUUUUUUUCUUUCUUUCAUAAUAUAUCUCAAGACUUGUUUUUCCCUGUAUUGAAACACAAACAAUGGCUAUUCUCUGUAAUGCUAUUUGGCGACUUCUACCUUCUGUUCAUUCUUCUUGUUUGUACAA